GAUAAACAAGAAAUUUCCCUCAAAAGGAUGUGUUCGGCCUGUGGGAGCCAGCCAGAUUGUGGUUAAGAUUCCCCAGAUGACUGUCGCAUUGCAAGCCGAAUACGAGAAAGUCCCCGGACUUACAGAGAAUGGAAUGCCUGUUGCCCAUCUACGAUCUUUCAAGGAUAUCAACAACGACUAUGCAGAUGACAGCCGAGUCUCGCAAGAUUCCGGUGUUGCUGCAAUCGAACUAGUCUUGAACGCAUCUCCAUCAUGGCUCACAAGUCCCACCAAGGUUGGUUCCCAGUCAUGUCAUACACCAGGCAGACUACCAUACGCUUUGAGAGGUCAAACUGGGAGCAGCCCAGCAAAAAGAGAAACUACAAACUUCAGGACGCUUAAAGUCGACGAGACUAAGCACCAAGAUCCGACCUAUCAGCCUUCAGAAGCAGAGAACCCAUCUGAAAGUUCCGACUCUACCGAAUGCAAUGUCUCGAAAUUGAUUAAAAAAACGCGCGUGGAUGCGACAGCUAGACAGGCGUUGCAACACCACAACCAUGUCACCCAAGGUCAUAAUAUAUAUUCUCCGAGGACCGCAACGAUGUCAACCGGAGGAAGGCGCGCUCGCAAUUUGUCCACUGUUAUGCCGGCCCUCAUUUCGUCUACUCCUAUACCAGCGCCCAGCAUUAAUGAUUUACUGCAGAAGAUCAGACACACUGUAUCGCCCAGUCAUUCCCAAGCUGCACUCAAUGCUCGAGAAGUAGCAAAAUCCCCGUUAGAGCCGAAGACUCCUAAUCACUACCAAAAUGUGGUGGGUCCGAAGAACUUUUCACUUGCACCUAUAACCCUAACUGCUAUGCUGGCCACUACUUCAGAAAAGAAUGUCAACGACACCGAUCCGAGACCAGACAGCAAAACUCGCAAGAGGAAGCGUCGUGAUGAUCGCGAUGUGGACACGAAGAUAUCCGGUCACAUUCCCAAGAAACAGAAACGGCAGCGAAGUUUGAAGAAGCAUAGAUUAUUGGAGAAGCGCAAGGAUAGAGCACGUAAGGCCGAAGGAGGAGAACAGUCUUAUCGCAACAAAGACAUCGACGGCAGGCAGGGCAAACCGAACACACCAAGUCAGAGCCGCGACAACAUGCUAGACAAAUGUAUUGUUGAAACGUCACACUCCGCCCAUGGGCGAGCUUCAACAACCUUCAACUUUGAGCAACACAUACAAACUCCGAGCGAUGUCGCUGGCCAUCCCCAUACAGUAAAUCCGCAAGCGCCACCAACUGGAAAUGAUGUGACAGCGGCACGCAGGUAUUCGGGGAGGACUAAGAAGGUCCAAAAUCAAAAGAGAAGACUGUUUAGUCUAGGCGUUGAUGUAAACAGCAAGGCGGUGAUGGCAGCACCAGAAUAUCCUGCUUUGGCACAAAUAUCGCUGGGCACAAUGCAGAACUUCAAACGCAAGGCAAUGGAGUUGAGGCCUAGCCUCUAUGACCAUAGUCCUACUCUUCCCGUUUUAACUGUCAAACCAGAGCCUCCCGAGGAGUAUGAUGCUACGAGUUUGGACCAGUCCUUGGGCGUUUUGACGAGAAAAUCCGGUAGCAAGGAAGCCAAGAAUAACAACUCCAGGGCCGCAAGGAAGAAGCUUCUAUCACCACCCAUUACUUCGCGGCCCUCUAGUGCAGGAUCGAAGAUGUGAGGUGGUCAGAGCGGGAAGGUGGAAUGCAUUUCAUAAAUCAUACCCUGUACGAAUAAUGGCAGACUGGCGUUCGAUAUUUCGUAUUGGAAGGCAGCACCAAGGUUCACACUUUGCAGUAUUGUUUCAAGCUGCGUCGCAACGCUUGUUGUUUUGUUUGAAUGGACAAGCUCCCAGUACAAUGUGUUCAUACAUUGCUAUUUUAACAUGGGC